CUUCGAAAAUGGAACAAGUUAUGUUCCAGAUAUAGAAAAAAAUCCAUUAAUUGCAAUUGGUAUACGAAUGUUAUGGCAGUUGCAACCAAAAACUGACAUUGAUUUUACAGAAUUUCAAGGAAACAAGAAGCAUCAUUUGAAUCCAAAUAUCAUAUUAAAACGUAUUGCUCGUUCUAGGCAUCAGAAGACUAGUGACCUGACAGUAUUUUUGCUGCUUGAUGGUGUUCACAGGCUAAUGGAAAAUUCUGAUGAUGGGUUGGACAUAGGUAGCAAAUUUUAUUCAUGCCUUUCACAAGUAGCGAACCUUAUAAUUACUUCCGAAUCAUUCAUUAUCGGAUGCUGCUCUGCAACAAGCAUGAAGCCCAUGAGGGAUAUUUUAGCAAAAUUUCGUCAAUUACGUAUUCAAUUACCUAUUCCACAACUAAAGGCUCCUGGCCGUUUUCAUAAACCAGUAUUUGAUAUGGAAAAACCACUCGUAAAGAUUCUUGUUGGAGAUAUGGGUGGUAAUGGUCGUGCACUAGAAGCAUUAGGGCAAGUGAUCCCAUCAAAUUUAGAUGAUCGUUGUUGUGCUAAUGACAUAAUUCAUCAGUUGGCUAUGGAAUUAGAAGACCUUUAUUCAGAUGUUUUUGAUAAUGCUGACUCUUACAAAGAAUUACUACGAGUAAUUUUGAGUAGCACACCACUUAGUAUUAAUUGUCCUGUGCCAGGUACCAAUCUUCGCCCAGAUCAAUUUGCUGAGAUGGGCUUAAUUCGUUUUGAAGCUGAAAAAAAUAGCGCGUUUGGCAGAUUGACUUGCCCUUACGUGUGGCUAUGGUUGAUAGCACGUGCUGUUAAUGACCCAAUUCUUUUAAAUUGGAGAUUUGAUGAUUAUAAUGAAAUCCAACACCUCCAUAAUCCUGAAAAAGUUUCUUUAGGUGCACAGCUUUGGCAGAAUUUCGAACGAUUUGUAGCAGAUUUUCGAGUAUUAAAAUCAGGAAUAUAUAAAGAAAAAGUAGAACCUUCUAUCCAUACAAUACAUCCCGGUAGUGCAUUUGACUCACGCACGGAUAAUGACAUUUAUCUCAAGUCUAGGUCACUAAAACUUGUUUAUUCUUCAGACCGAAUUAGUACGAAGUCCAAUAGUAUAGCUUCUAUUAUGCAUGAAAAUGGAAAAAUAGAUGCAACCGAUGGGCAGCACUUGAUUAUAAAUGGUGAAGGUGCUUCUGCUGGUGAUAUAUUUUGUUACAUCACAGAAAAAACAUCCGCAGGGCAAGAAAGAAAUAUCACCGAGGUUUUGCAGAUAAAGAAACUUGAUCGCAAAACCAAUAUAUCACUAAAUACAUAUCUUGAGGAAAGAAAUAAAGCUGCUGGCAAAAAUGAUAUAUUCCUUUUAAUAACAACUGGAAAAACUCAGAUAGAUUCUUCACAGCUUCCUGCACGUUCAGGGAUAGUUCAUCAAAAAAACUGGAAAGAAUAUUUUGGCCCAUUUUCUGAUAGAGCAUUCAUUUAUGCAAACGUAGAACCACCGGACAUUAACACAGCAAGUCGUUCUUCCAAUCCACCACCGACAUGCUAUAUCUAG